CAGGGGAUAUUGAAACAAGAUGGCGUGCCGCGACGAAGCAGGAAGUAGAUUUGGGUUUCACUAAAACCUGUUUCAUCGGAGUUUCAAAGAAGAGCGCGGAGGAAACCAGAAGCACCCCCUCAGACACACACGAAGCGGUCGAAAGAGAUUCUAAAUGGCUUCAAGGAAGUCGGGAUCAGAUAUUCAUAACACUGGGCCAGUCAGUUACCUGGAGGAUGUUUCCUUUAAAAUCGGAGAUAAGUUCAGAAGCCCUGCUAAAGUAGGCUUACCCAUUGGCUUCUGUGUGCCUGACUGUGCACCCCUGCUCAGUGAAUCACAGUAUGACUUCUCCCUGGAGAUGCGGACAAUACAAUGGGCUGAGGAGCUGGAUCGGAUCAGAGUGUCGCAGGAGCGUGCCAACCUGAAGGCGUCAGGGGAGGAGGAGCAGCAGCAGCAAGCUUCAGAGACGGGUUCAGCCAGAGAAGACUCCUCCCAGACCGCCCUGCCAGUCCCUCCCCCUCCCGCCAUCAACCCAGUCAUGGCGGGACUCCGACACAACGACAUCCUGACCCCCCUUCCGGCCCCCAGCUUGUCAGGCCCCCGGCACAGAGAGCCUAGCCCCCCGCCGCAGCACAACAGCGGCUUCAACCUGGCCGACUUCGAGUGUGAGGAGGACCCCUUCGACAAGCUGGAGCUGAAGACCAUCAAUGAUAAGGAGGAGCUCCGCAGCAUCCUGCAGCUGCAAGCUGUGAGCCCACCCAAGCAGCCUGACCCAGCCUGCGAUCCCAAACCCCUGAUCUCCAAGCACCUCCACAAACCCAACGGCCUGGUAACACUGCUGCAGCUGGAUGAGCCUGGGGGCCACGUCUCCUCCUCUUCCCUGGGGCCCAGGGGGCCACUCGCUGCCUUUCCCUGCAACAUCCGCUCCCUCUCCUUCCCCAAGUUCUCAGAGUCUGAGGAUGAGCUGCCCCCGGCUUACGACAACCACAAGAGCUACAGCACUAUGGACGCAGUGUCCAGGGGCCCCGGCCUUCCCAACGGCACCUCCGCCUCUUUGCUGGGGGCCCUGCUGCACGGCAGGUCCAAUGGGCAGCCUCCACUGCACUCUCUCCAGGGGGACCCUCCUCGCACACAGCCCUCCUCGCUGGCCGGGCACACGCAGAACGGGGCUGCCACACAGUCAAACUCCCUGAAAGCAGCUGGUGCUGCUGAAGCUGUGUCAGUGGCUGCAGCGACUCCCCCUGCUGUGCCGGGUGAUUACUGCAGUGAUCUGCUGGCCCUGUCCCCCAGCGAGCGGCAGUGUGUGGAGACCAUCGUCAGCAUGGGCUACUCCUACGAGAGCGUCAUCGGAGCCAUGCAGAAGCGGGGUCAGAGCUUGGAGCAGGUGCUGGACUAUCUCUUUGUGCACGGGAGGCUGUGUGAGAGGGGCUUCGAGGCCGGCGCUGUGGAGGAGUGUCUGGAGAUGUACCAGUGUUCGGAGGAGAAGGCUCUCGAGUUCCUCCAGCUCAUGUCCAAGUUCCAGGAGAUGGGUUUCGAGCCGGGCACCAUCAAGGAGGUAUUGGUGGUUCAUAACAACAACCAGGAGAAAGCUCUGGAGGACCUGAUGGCUCGCGCGGAGGCCAGCUGAGAGACACAAGCCUGCACUUCCAUUCUCAUUCGUUUAAACAAGUCAAUGUUCUCGUUCACUGCGCUGGAUGAUGCUUACAGAAAGACAAUAGAGCUGCCGUUUCAAGACAAUUCAAGCUUUUGUUCUACAACAAAAAAACUUUUCAAAAGCACGCCCACACUUUUGUUUGUGGGCAGGAAAUGCUAUAGAAAAAAAAAGCUGGGAAUUCCCAGGCAGACCUCUGACUAACCAGCAGCUUCUGCAAAAUUGCAAGAAUGUUACAGAAUGCCUGGCCGUCUGCUUGGGAUCUGCUUCCGUCUUAGAGCGUGGAGGAGAGCUCUGCUU